AUGUGGCUGGGGACUUGCCUCGGUGCCGCCAUGGCCGCGGUUUCCACGGUAACCGCGUUCGCCGGAAGGCUGCAACCCGGAAGAAGCCGGAAACCGAGAGGGUGGGCCGGAGACUCGAAGUGGACUUCCGGGUCACGGCGGAGCGGGCUCUCACGUGGAGGCGGGGAAAUUUCGCCCACCGGUGAGUGCCAGGGAGCGUUGCAGGCGGGCCGGCGCGGGGUCUGGAGAUUGCACCAGAGGAAAUGCGCGGCGGAGAAGAUGGGGAAAUGCGGGCCACCCGCAUCCCUAAAUCCGACCCCUCUAGUUGGUGUGCGCCCGCUCCGGCCUGAGGCCGCCGCCUCCAGAAAGUUUUCCCGCCUCAGAGCCGGGCCUGGGACCCCACGUAAUCUUUCCCAGUCUGAUGAUACGGAGGCUUGGGCGCAUGGGAGCCUUGGAGGAAUGAUCACCAAGACACACAAAGUAGACCCUGGGCUCCCAGAGAAGAAAAAGAAAAAGAAAGUGGUCAAAGAACCAGAGACUCGAUACUCAGUUUUAAACAAUGAUGAUUACUUUGCUGAUGUUUCUCCUAUAAGAGCCACAUCCCCCUCUAAGAGCGUGGCCCAUGGGCAAGCACCUGAGAUGCCUCUAGUGAAGAAAAAGAAGAAGAAAAAGAAGGGUGUCAGCACCCUUUGCAAGGAGCAUGUAGAACCUGAGACCACGCUGCCUGCCAGACGGACAGAGAAGUCACCCAGCCCCAGGAAGCAGGUGCUUGGCCACUUGGAGUUCCUCAGUGGGGAGAAGAAAAGGAAGAAGUCACCUCUGGCCAUGUCCCAUGCCUCUGGGGUGAAAACCUCCCCAGACCCUAGACAGGGUGAGGAGGAAACCAGAGUUGGCAAGAAGCUCAAAAAACACAAGAAGGAAAAAAAGGGGGCCCAGGACCCCACAGCCUUCUUGGUCCAGGACCCUUGGGUCUGUGAGGCCAGGGAGGCCAGGGAUGUUGGGGACACUUGCUCAGUGGGGAAGAAGGAUGAGAAACAGGCAGCCUUGGGGCAGAAACGGAAGCGGAAGAGCCCCAGAGAACAUAAUGGGAAGGUGAAGAAGAAAAAACUCCACCAGGAGGGAGACGUCCUCCCAGGCCACUCCAAGCCCUCCAGGUCCAUGGAGAGCAGCCCUAGGAAAGGAAGUAAAAAGAAGCCAGUCAAAGUUGAGGCUCUGGAAUACAUCCCCGUAAGUGAUGACCCUAAGGCCUCCGCAAAGAAAAAGGUGAAGUCCAAAAAGAAGGUAGAGCAGCCAGUCAUCGAGGAGCCAGCUCUGAAAAGGAAGAAAAAGAAGAAAAGGAAAGAGAGUGGGGUAGCAGGAGACCUUUGGAAGGAGGAAACAGACACGGACUUAGAGGUGGUAUUGGAAAAAAAAGGCAACAUGGAUGAGGCGCACAUAGACCAGGUGAGGCGAAAGGCCUUGCAAGAAGAGAUCGAUCGCGAGUCAGGCAAAACGGAAGCUUCUGAAACCAGGAAGUGGACGGGAACCCAGUUUGGCCAGUGGGAUACUGCUGGUUUUGAGAACGAGGACCAGAAACUGAAAUUUCUCAGACUUAUGGGUGGCUUCAAAAACCUGUCCCCUUCGUUCAGCCGCCCCACCAGCACGAUUGCAAGGCCCAACAUGGCCCUUGGCAAGAAGGCGGCUGACAGCCUGCAGCAGAAUCUGCAGCGGGACUACGACCGGGCCAUGAGCUGGAAGUACAGCCGGGGAGCCGGCCUCGGCUUCUCCACCACCCCCAACAAGAUCUUUUACAUCGACAGGAACGCUUCCAAGUCAGUCAAGCUGGAAGAUUAAACGCUAGAGUUUUGUCCCCCCAAAACUGCCACAGUUGCUUUGAUUAUUCCAUUUAUGCUGGAGAUUACAAAUUUUUUUUGUGAAAAAAAUCAGAUCUUGGUGAUGACCUCGAGCAGUAGGAUAUAAAUAACUCCCAUAAGCUUAGCGUUACAGUAAUGGAACACUAGGCAUAAAUGGUUUAUUCAGUUGUGCAAAUGAAAGCCAUCUGACAGUUGGCUCACAUUGAACACCUGUGGAGAUUAAGGACGAGGACAACUAUCUUGAUGGGCUUGGAUGAACUGGGGUGGGGCAGCUCAUAUUUUGGGAGCCAGGAGAAGGAGUGAGUGGCUAAAACCUCCUGUUUUCUGUGUUAAACAUUCCGUCCCUGUUUGAGACAUCAGUAUGUACAGUUAACCUUUGUUGAGUGUUUAGCAGGUGCUAGGCACAUACUAGUGUUUUCCUUAAUGUAUUUAAUCUUCAUAAUUAUGAAAUGGGUGCUAUUAUUAGUCCCAUCUUAUAGAUGAGGCAACUGAGGUUCAGGGAUAAAGUAAUAAAAUUGUCUGGGGUCACCGAGUCACUAA